AUGAAAGGAAGAAUGUGGAAUUCAGCUUAUGACUUGCGGGUCCUGAAACUCUUUAACAUGUCCUGUAGAAGAACUGUUUCGACUAAAAUCCAAGAAAUUUAUUUUCAUCUUCCAGUGAAUUCUCAUAUUCUUCUCUGUUGUGAUGGUGCUUCAAAAGGGAACCCUGGAAAUUCAGGGUAUGCUUUUGUUGGGAGAAACUCAGAAGGAGUAUGUUUAGUGGCUAUGACAGGAGGUCUAGGAGUAGCAACAAAUUACUAUGCAGAAGUGAUGGAUUUACUGUGUGCUGGAGAAUGGGCUAUCAAGAAUGGUAAAUUGGAAGUCAUUUUCAGAAUAGACUCAAAAGCAGUGAUUUCAGCUUUUUCUGCAGGUCAUAUACCAUGGUUUGCCAUCACAAGACGAAAGAAAAUUAUUGAAAAAUUGAAGUUUAUUAAGUUUGUACACAGCUACAGAGAAAUAAAUUUCUCUGCAGAUUCCAUGGCUAAGAAAGGUGCUGAUAUGAAAAGAGGAGAGUAUGUUAUUUUCACAAGAAGACCACCAUUUUUACACCAUAUGGAAGUAGAAAAUAAUCCCUAUUAUAAAUUUGGAUAA